AUGAAACCUAAAGAGCCCUUCAAGGGCCAUCACCGUCGAACUUCUUCACUUUGGCGCCCGCCCUCCAGGCCGGUGCUCGCGAAUGGGGCGCACAUCAUUAGGGAAAAAGCGGAAACCGGCGGCCGUGCGCUGAAGCAGUUGAUCCCCUUUUCACGAUGGCUGUUCGGUGAUGGGCGGGGGAUACAUGCAUUUCGGACGAUCACCCCGAAUAAUCAGCCGGAGGGACCGCCAAGAUACGAACAACCAAAUGCCCACUUUGCGACUAAUCGAAUUUGCACUACGAAAUAUAGUGUCAUCACAUUCAUCCCACGGAAUCUCUUCGAGCAGUUCCAUCGGCUGGCCAAUGUCUACUUCGUCUUUAUCGUCAUCCUCAACAUGUUCAUCCAAACAUUUGGGAAAUAUUUGGCGAUGCUUCCGAUUACUUUUGUACUCGCGAUUACAGCAGUGAAGGAUGCGAUAGAGGACUUCCGGCGUUACAAUUCCGAUCGAAAAAUUAACCAUCAGACUUGCCGUGUUUGGGAUGCCGCACAGGGAAGGUAUCGUAAGCUCGAAUGGAAACAUGUACUUGUCGGUGACUUGGUCCAUCUUUCCCACGACGAAAUCAUACCGGCCGAUAUGUUAUUACUAAAAAGCAGUGACAAUUCAGGAAUCUGCUACGUCGAAACAUCGAAUUUAGACGGUGAAACGAAUUUAAAACAACGAAGCGCUAUCCCUGCUAUGGCAAAAUACCACUCGGCCACCGUACCCCAAGAAUUUAGCCCUGCAGAUUUUGGAUAUCGGGUCGUUGUGGAAGGGCCAACUGAAGACCUAUAUCGAUUCCAAGGCAGUAUCGAAGUUCCUGAAGGCCAACCACCUAUCCCGCGAGAACAAACUUUUCUUUCGAAGGAAAACGUACUGCUCCGUGGAUGCGUUAUCAAGAACACCGAUUAUGUGGAAGGGAUUGUUAUCUAUGCUGGUUCGGAGACCAAAGCCAUGCUCAACAACUCGGGGCCAAGGUACAAGCGAAGUUCUCUUGAGAAGUUGACGAAUUGGGACGUGAUAUGGUGCGUUUUGAUCCUAAUGAUUCUUUGCACACUCGGUGGUGUACUGUCCUCUGUCUGGAUUCGUGGAUAUCAAGAUCCCGACCAGGUCCCAUUCUUCGUCGACAGCAAAAAAGACAUCGGCAUCGGGGCGGUCAAUUAUUUUCGUGAAGGCUUCCUAAACUUUCUAUCGUUUAUAAUUGCACUUCAAGUAAUGAUCCCAAUCUCGCUCUACGUAUCCAUCGAAAUUAUCAAACUUGGUCAAGUCUGGCUGAUUUCGAACGACCGUCAGCUUUAUUACGAGAAGAAGGAUAAGAAAAUGGAGUGCAGAGCGCUGAACAUCCCUGAAGAAUUGGGACAAAUCGAAUAUGUGAUGAGCGACAAAACGGGAACUUUAACCGAAAAUCAGAUGAUCUUCCGCCGUUGUUCUGUAGCUGGCAAUGAUUUUGGUGGUCGAAGCGUAUCUAUGGGAGAGGGCCCAUCCUCCGGCAUAAGAGAAGGGCCAUCGAAGGAUCGAGGCCUCGAAUCGCACAUCAAUUCAGCCUUAAAACGGGGCGAAUCUGUCUGUUCGUCAUCUCCAAUUAUUCCCUUCAUCUUGACGAUGGCCAUUUGCAACACCGUUGUUGUAAAUGCCAAACCCCACGAGGAUAUGAUGGAUGAUGAAGGAGAUUUUAUUGAAGCACCAAACGAGAAAAACCGUGCGCCUGUUGAUUCUCCACCUGAAAAACCGAAACAUCAAGUUCAGUUUGCCUCAAGCCCAAUCGACGAAACGGAAUCGCCAGGACGAAAUACCCCAGAUUCCCUGGAUGAGAUCGAGCUUAUCGAUCUAGCAUCCGUAAAGGACGCACCAAUUGGGCCUGAUCCUGCCGAUACGACGGCUACCACCGCAGAAGAAGAUGAGAACGAAAAAAACGAAAAGGCAGAGAAAAAGGAGGAUACGCCACCGAAACGACGAUUGCAAGGCAUACUAUCAAAAUCUCCAGCUUCCCUGUUGAAUUUGUCUUCCCGACUGAAGAAUAUCCAAUUCAGCAGCCCUUUUAAGCGUAAUUCUUCAAAAGGCGCUUCUGUGACAUCUACCGAUAUUCCACCGGUCCAUUCUUAUUACGACUCGGAAAGCCCAGAUGAAUUGGCACUUGUCGAAGCGGCUAGAGAAUAUGGGGUACGACUUCUAAGGCGCCAUUUUGACGAGAUUUCCGUCUACACCAAAGUGACAGGCAGCCAACUAAAAUUCAAGCUUCUACACACUCUGCCCUUCGACGCUGACCGCAAACGAAUGUCUGUUAUUGUUCGCGAAAUUUCGAAUCGGUCUGAUGAGGAAGGACGAGCUGUUCUCCUUUGCAAAGGAGCGGAUACGAGUGUUUUGCCACUAUUGUCCGAGGAGUUCUGCAAAUACGAUAUCGGGGGUGAGCGGAUCCACAAAGCACAACUACAUCUUUCUGAAUAUGCGAGACAAGGAUUGCGAACGUUGUGUCUGUUACGAAGAUACCUCUCCGAAGAAGAAUACCAAGCCUGGCGGUCCCAACACGAAGAAGCCGAGUUGGCUAUGCAUGAUAAAGAGGAACGUCUAAUAAUGUCUGCAACAGCCAUAGAAAAAGAUUUUGAACUGCUUGGAGUUACAGCAAUUGAGGAUAGGCUGCAAGAUGGUGUCCCGGAAUGCAUUCAAGCACUUCGCGAGGCUGGUAUUCGAGUCUGGGUGUUGACUGGCGAUAAAUCCGAGACGGCAAUUAACAUCGCAUACUCUACCAGGCUUUUCUCCGAGUCGAUGGAUCUGCUGAACGUACAGGCGAGCGGCUUGCGUUCUGUCGCAGAAUUGAUCGAUUUGUAUUUGGAACGGACGGAGCGCAGGUCCACGAUUUCCACCUUUGGCCUCGUGCUCAAUGGUUCUUGCCUUGACUGUUGUCUAAAUCCCAUCAAUUUGGAAAAGUUUUUGAUGCUUUUGAAGAGAUGCAAAUCGGUGCUUUGCUGCCGUUCAACACCACUCCAGAAGGCUGCUCUUGUCGAUUUGGCUAAAAGAAAGCUGAAAGGAAAGGUGUUAGCUAUUGGUGACGGUGCUAAUGACGUCAGUAUGAUCCAGGGAGCCGAUGUUGGUGUGGGGCUGUCUGGACAAGAGGGUAUGCAGGCGGUGAUGUCUUCUGAUUACGCAUUAGCUAGAUUCCGUUUCCUCGCACCUCUUCUCCUCGUCCAUGGCCAUUGGUGUUACAAUCGAUUGGCCAAUACAAUUCUCUACUUUUUCUAUAAAAAUGCUAUGUUCGUCUUCACAAUCUUCUGGUACCAACUCUACUGCGGGUUCUCUUCUCAGGUCUCCAUCGACCCCAUCUAUCUGAUGGUCUAUAACUUAAUUUUUACUUCCGUACCUUCGUUGCUUUACGGGUGUUUGGAACAAGACGCGUCAUAUGAAAUGUUAAUUGAUAAUCCCAAUUUUUACGAUCAAGGCCGGUUGAAUAAGAAAUACAAAUGGUAUUCAUUCUGGUUUAAUAUGCUUGACGCGGUAUGGCAAAGUUCGGUGGUAUUUUGGGUGGCAUACUUGAGCUAUAAUUCUGGCCAUUUCGAUCUAUGGACAAUGGGAACGCUUCAAUGUGCCCAACUAUUACUUGCCAAUUCCCUGCAUCUGGCCUUGAUCUCAUCUUAUUGGACGUUCCCCUUCAUCUGCUCAUUGCUCGGAUCCUGCCUAUUAUUUUUCGUUUUUGCAUUCUUGUACAACUUGCUACCGGUCGACAUGUUGAUACAACUGAAUGUCAAGAGCCCUCCGGUCAUGGUGGCCGAACGAGCGGUUCUUGAUCCAUCGUUUUGGCUGGUUCUCCUGCUUUCUACGGUUUUAUGUGUACUGCCUAGAUUCACCUGGUUGGCCAUCCGUAAUACCUACCAUCCCUCCCGGGUCGUUAUCAAACGGAUGGAAGGAAAAACAGAAAGACCAACCAACCCUGCGCCUGCAUAUACAAUUCGGAUGUCUUCCCUUGAAGAACGACCCGAA